UAUCUGAACAAUUUGAAAAAUGUCAAAUUCAGUUCGUGUCGUGGAUUCACAGCGUUCAGAACAUUUCGAAAGAUAUCGGCCAGAAGCGAAACGUGUGAUAUUGAGAGAGCAGAAUAUCAAGUGAUUCGAAACCCAUUUCAGUGUUUGUCAAUCAGUUGUACGCGUGAGUGGUCAACAAGCAGAUGUGACAGAACAAGUUCUAAAUAAAUAAAUGAAUAAAAACAAGAAAUAUCGUCAACAGCAGCAACAACAACAACAAAAUAAAUUGCAAGCUUAAAAUAUUUUCGAAAAAAAAUAAUGAUCGCCAGAAAUUAGAUUUGCUUUGAAUUGAAGAAAAUAAAAUACCUACAAAAAAAGUAGAGAACAAAAUCGACUUAAAGAUCGUCGACGUCUAAAAAUAAUUAAAGAAGAAAUAGAAAAUACGCGCGGGACAAACAAACAGAAGAUAUCGAACGAUUUACAACGGCAGUACGUGAGCAUAAAACAUCUAACAUAAAAUGGCGAAUGCAGGAUACACAUGCAUAAGAAGGACGUUUUGUUGGCUGAAUAUUUUGUUAUGGCUUUGCAGUUGUGCUUUCUUGGGCGCCGGUGUGUGGUUGCGUCUCUCGUAUGAAGGUUAUGCUACCCUGCUGCCCGAUCAUGCUGCUCUCAGUGCUGACUCGGUAUUCUUGUGCAUUGGUGUCAUUGGAUUUGUUGUUUCAUUUUUGGGCUGUUGCGGUGCUUGGGUCCAGUCGCGUUGUCUGUUGAGUUUGUAUUUUAUGCUGAUCAUUUUGUUAUUCUUGAGCGAGUUCCUCAUCGGCUCAAUAGCUUUCGUUUUCCGCGGUGGUCUGAAGCGCACCUUGGCAAAUGAAUUGCGUUUUGGCAUUGAAGAACACUAUAAUGCCACCGAUCGUGGUUCGAUAAUUGCACCAUCCGUUGCUGCCAUUUGGGAUAAUGUUCAGAUGUCGUUCGAAUGCUGUGGAGUUUCUUCCUAUGAAGAUUGGUACGAUAUCAAAUCGUGGAGUGGUAAACGUUGGGUGCCAGAAUCCUGUUGUAGACCCAUAUACGAGAAUCGAGGCAUUCUAAUUGAGGGAUCCGGGGACAGCGUGCUAAGAGUGGAUUGCGGAAGAUCUGAAAAUCCAACCUUAUGGUGGGAUAAGGGUUGCGCCCAAUCUCUACAAACCUGGCUGACCGAUAAACUAGAUGUAAUUGGUGUGGUGGGCUUGGGUAUUGCUUUUGCCCAGCUCUUUGGUCUGAUCACUUCAAUGCUGUUAUUCUGUACGGUGAAACAUAAAAAGGAUUCGGAUACCUACAAGUCCUAUUCGCCCUCAAUUGAUCCUCAAACGCGACCCAGUAGUUGGGAGGAUUGAACUAAGUUUUAGAUUGAAAUUCUAGAAAACUAAAAAGAGAUAGUUAAAAUGUUAAGAACACCAGUAAUCUCGAGACAAUAUUUACUAAAACAAAAUCACCAACAACAACGCCCGAAACGAAUGUCUGGUAACUGUGCCUUUUUUUCAAAGCCAAAAAAACAGACAUUGUUUUUCCUCAAAAUAUGUGCCAAAUACCCGCAACCAAACACAAAUUAAUUAAAUAAAAUAUAUAAUUAUAAAAAAGUAUAUAUAAUAAAUGACAUAUACACAAGUGGACUGGGUUAUAAUGAAUUUUAAAUUAUUUAAAAAAAUAUUUAAAUUUAAGUCAUUAUUAUUACAACAUUUAUGCAUGAUUAUGAUUAAGGCUGCUACAAAAUGUUGCUAUUUUUAAUAUCUGCAAUUCGUUAUAACCCUGUCAGACUGUAGACACAUAAAUAAUAAUAAUAACAAAAAUAUAUAAGUAGAUCAUUAUUAGUAUUAAGAAAAAAAAUUAAAAAAAUAUAUUAUUUUAAAAUCUAAAUAACCAAAGUUAAAUCUACGCGACAAAAAUCCUAUAAUUAUGUUCUAUCCCUAUCCCAUUAAAAACUGUCAUAAUUAGUCUCAUAGCCUUAACUUUUAUUUUAGUCAAAUAGUGAGAGUGACAUACAUAUAUUUAAUAUUUAAUUUAUAAAUUUAUUAUAUAUUUAAUGCGAACUAUGUUUAAAAAUCGAUAAAAGAAAUAGUAACAUAUAAUUUUACAAUAAUUUCAAGCAGAGCAUUUUUUCGAAACAAU